AGAGUGUGGUGCCCCCGCCGCCGCCUGCAUCGCUGCCGCCGCCCCACGACGACCACCUCCGCCCCCUGCCCUGCAUCCGCCGCUGCCGCCUCGGGACCGGCUGUAUGAUUAGGCCACAAUUUUCAAUGAGUAAACAUAUUCCUCAGUUCUGUGGUGUUCUUGGUCACACAUUUAUCGGGUUUCUGAAGGGCAGUGGAGACUACUGCCAGGCACAGCACGACCUCUAUGCAGACAAGUGAACUGUAGAGAUUCGUUACUACUCCACCAAGAAGCCCCCAUAAAAGUGGUUAACCUGGACACAGAAGUGUUGGAUUGAAAUCCACAGAGCAUUUUACAAGAGUUCUGACCUGGAUGGGGUAAACCUCAGUGCACUUCCUUUCUAUUGCCUCAGUAUUACUGGAUUGAAGAAUUGCUGCUUCUUGUUAGGAGGUUCAUUUCAUUUCCCAUUACUCCCAACUUCAUACUUAAAGCACUGAGAAUCACAAGUGGAAGAUAGUGAAGUAGACUUCAGUUUCUUUGUGUAAUUUCUGUAUUUAGUUUUUUAAAAUUCUUUCAUAAUCCUAUUAAGUGUUUUUUAAGUAAAUUAACAUGGCCCGAAUGAACCGCCCAGCUCCUGUGGAAGUCACGUACAAGAACAUGAGAUUUCUUAUUACACAUAAUCCAACCAAUGCAACGUUAAACAAAUUUAUUGAGGAACUUAAGAAAUAUGGAGUUACCACGAUAGUAAGAGUAUGUGAAGCAACUUAUGACACUACUCUUGUGGAGAAAGAAGGCAUCCAUGUUCUUGAUUGGCCUUUUGAUGAUGGUGCACCACCGUCCAACCAGAUUGUUGACGACUGGUUAAGACUUGUAAAAAUUAAGUUUCGUGAAGAACCUGGUUGUUGUAUUGCUGUUCACUGUGUUGCAGGCCUUGGGAGAGCUCCAGUGCUUGUCGCCCUAGCAUUAACUGAAGGUGGAAUGAAAUAUGAAGAUGCAGUACAGUUCAUAAGACAAAAGCGGCGUGGAGCUUUUAACAGCAAACAACUUUUGUAUUUGGAAAAAUAUCGUCCUAAGAUGCGUCUGCGCUUCAAAGACUCCAAUGGUCAUAGAAACAACUGUUGCAUUCAAUAAAACUGGGUGCCUAAUGCUAUUGCCUUGGAAGAAGAACUUGAGACAGAUCUAAUUUGUCAUACAUAUUAGCCAAAGGGUAUUGAAAAUUAGUUUUACCAGGCCACAAGUUUGACAGAAUUGCAACCUCUAUCUUUGGGUUAUAACCAACUUAUUUGGACAUUUAGCAAAAGAUUGUUGCUGUUUAGUAUUUAAAAUGUGCUUAUCAUUUGUACCAAUUGACUUUUCCUGAAAUCAUGCAAUAUUGAGUUGUAUCUUAAAUCUAUUCCCAUGCCAGAAUCUUAUCAAUACAUAAGAAAUUUAGAAAGGUUAGGUGUCAAAAUACCCAGCACAAUACUUGUAUAUUUUUAGUGUCAUACAGAAUUAAAAUCCCAGGAACUAUGAACACUCUAGACCUUAUGUGGUUUAUUCCUUCAGUCAUUUCAAACAUUGAAACUAGGGACUAUAUGGUUAUUUGCCUGCUCACUUUAUGUUUACAUCUCCCACAUUCAUACCAGUAUACAUCAGGUUUGCUUAACCAUUGAUUUCUUUUUUUUUUUUAACCAAGUCUUAUGAUUAUUUAAUGUUUCUAUAAAUCUUUUGCUGUUAAUAUAAAACCUCCAUUUUGAAAAAUUACAUUGUACAGAAGCACAUGUCUUUAAUGUCUUCAGACAAAAAAAGCCUUACAGUUAAUUUAACGUUUGCACUCUGAGGUGCAGCUUAACAGGGAGGGCCUGAGAAAAGAAUGGGAGGGGGCUAUUAUUAUUUUUAGUAAAAU